CGCCCCCUCUCCUGCCCAGGGACGUUCACGCGCUUUGGCGCGCGCCUGGUUGAGCUGCUGUUGCUGAGUGCGCGCAGUGUGCUAGGUGACCGGUCGCUAGAGCACGGGGAACGGCGCGAGUGGCCGCUGUUGUUGCGAGAGCAAAGAGGGGAAGUUAACUUUGGACCUUCUGAAGGCAGCAGACACCGUGGAAUCGAUGGUUACAAAAACAUAAAAAUUUGUGGAAAAUUUUAGCUUUUCGAUGAAAGAAUGAGUUCCCUGAAGCCUAGUGGGCUAAAGGCUCCUUCCAGAAUAGCAAAACCUGGAGCAGUUGCUGCUAAAUCAUCUGCUGUCACUGCCCCAACUGUAAAAACAGCAGCAGAGAAACCAACCCCCCCUUCAGGGACUGCAGAAGAGUUUGUUGAUGAUUUUCAUGUUGGAGAGAGGGUCUGGGUUAAUGGUAAUAAACCUGGAUUCAUUCAGUUCCUUGGUGAGACCCAGUUUGCUCCUGGACAGUGGGCAGGGAUAGUAUUGGACGAAGUUAUUGGAAAAAAUGAUGGUGCUGUGGCUGGAGUUAGAUACUUCCAAUGUGAAGCCUUAAGAGGAAUAUUCACUAGGCCAUCAAAAUUAUCACGAACACCAUUGGAAGAGGAGAGCAAUGGUACUCAAACUGCUCCUGUUUCUAGAGCUACCUCUCCAACCUCUAUGUCUUGUACAAAUGUAUCUCCAGUUGUAACGACUGCUCCAACAUCAGUAGUGACACCAUUAAAAACCUCCACACCAUCUGCAAAGGAAUCCUCUACCCCAGCCCAAUUAAGCAAUCUUACAAGGACAACAAGUGAAUCCAUAUCGAACCUUUCUGAAACUGGAUCUGUGAAAAAAGGAGAACGAGAGCUUAAGUUAGGUGACAGAGUCUUGGUGAGUGGAUCAAAAGCUGGAGUUAUUCGUUUUCUGGGAGAGACAGAUUUUGCCAAAGGAGAAUGGUGUGGAGUUGAAUUAGACGAGCCUUUGGGAAAAAAUGAUGGAGCUGUGGCAGGUACAAGGUAUUUUCAGUGUCAGCCAAAGUAUGGCUUGUUUGCACCUGUACAUAAAGUUACACGUAUUGGGUUUCCAUCAACCACUCCAGCGAAAGCAAAAACAUCCGUAAGAAAAAUUGCUACCACUCCCGCUACCCCAGCUUCGCUAAAACGUAGCCCCAGUGCUUCUUCCAUAAGUUCCCUGAGCUCCAUCUCCUCCUCUGUAAGCAACAAACCAAGUCGCACAGGGCUGUUAACUGAAACAUCUUCCCGAUAUGCAAGAAAAAUUUCUGGCACAACAGCUCUUCAAGAAGCUUUGAAAGAAAAACAGCAACAUAUUGAACAACUUCUGGCUGAAAGGGACAUGGAGAGAGCUGAGGUUGCCAAAGCCACAAGUCAAGUGGGAGAGGUCGAACAAGAGUUAUCAGUGAUACGCCAUGGACAUGAUCAGUAUGUGGUAGAAAUGGAAGCGAAAAUGGAUCAGUUGCGUGCUUUUGUAGAAGCGGCUGACAGAGAAAAGGUUGAACUUCUAAACCAACUGGAAGAGGAGAAAAGGAAAGUUGAGGAUCUUCAGUUCCGUGUUGAAGAAGAGUGUAUCACAAAGGGUGAUUUAGAGACGCAGACCAAACUGGAGCAUGCCCGCAUUAAGGAGCUUGAACAGAGCCUGCUCUUUGAAAAGACCAAAGCUGACAAACUUCAGAGAGAGUUAGAAGAUACUAGGGCCAAAACACGGCCAGUAUCUCUAAAAGUGGCAACAGUUUCCGAAAAAUCUCGCAUCAUGGAUUUGGAAAAAGAUCUGGCUCUAAAAACCAAAGAAGUUGGAGACUUACGGCAAAGACUUGUAGAGAGCGACAAGCAAGCCGGUAAUGUUGACACAUCACUUUCUCUACUGCAAGAACUCAAUUCUUUACAAGAGAGCAUUGCUACAAUGACUAAAGAGCACAAUCAUGAACUUGAUUUUCUCAAAAAUAAGCUUGAACAUACAGAAGAGAACCAUGCAAAGGAGAUUGAAGGAUUGAAAGUAUCUACAGAGAAGAUAUCUAAAGAGAAUGAAACAUUGAAAGUUAAGCUAAACCAUGCAAACAAGGAGAAUUCAGAUGUAAUUGAGCUUUGGAAGUCAAAAUUAGAGAGUGCAAUUCAUUCACAUCAGCAGGCAAUGGUAGAACUAACACUUUCUUUCAAUAAAGGCACCAGUGCAGAAAAUUCUGCAUUGAUUGAAAUUAAGGCUCAGAUAGAAAAUUUAAAAUUACAACAUCAAAAAGAGAUAGAGAGACAGAAGUGUGCACAAGAUAAAGAGCUUGCUGUCCAUCUAAAGGAAAUAGAAGACUUGAAGUCUAAACUUCAGGAAUUUAAUGAAGAAAAAGAAAUUGAGCUAGAGACCAUGAAAUCUACGUUGGAAACUGCAGAAGAGCAACAUCUUAUUGAAAUGGAAGACACUUUAAAUAAACUCCAUGACACUGAAAUUAAGGUAAAGGAACUGGAGGUUUUGCAAGGCAAAUGCAAAGAGCAAAGUCAGAUCAUUGAUAGGUUAACAGCUCAAAUGAAAACUGCAGAAGAGACUCUUGUGAGUUUUGAUGCAGUGCAGAAAGCAGAGUCUGAAAGUAAAAUGGAAAUCUUGAGAUAUAAAGAAAACAUUGAGGCAGCUGACGUUAAAAUUAAAAAUCUUGAGUCUGAAAAGCACGUGGAAAGUAGCAAGGCAAAUGAUUUGGCUAAAGAGUUGUUGGAGCAAAAAGAAAAGCUUUCUCUGUCUGAGCAGAAACUAAGUUCAUUUGUUCAGAUGAAAGAGUCUUGGGAGAAAGAAAUAGAAGACUUGAAAAAGGGUCUUAAUAACUCUUCUGAGAGUGCAAAUCUGCUUCAAAAAACUUUGCAAGAAACUGUCAAUAAGUUAGAGCAGAAAGAAAAGCAGUAUGAGGAAAUGUCCAGUCAGUUGGAUCUCCUGAAGCCACGCUUUGUUUCUCUGGAAAAAUUGUUGAGAGAGUCUGAAGAGAAGGAGAAAAACUUUCUAUCAACCAAAACUAAACUAGAGAAACAAAUAUCUGAAAUGAUCCAGUCUUCUGGUGAUAGCUCUGCUCAGUUGACAACAUUAAAUGAGGAGCUGCAAUCUAGGGAAAGAAAUUUAGAUGAGCUUCGCGAAGAACAUACAAAAGCACGAGAUCUGGUACAUGAACUAGAGGAAAAUAUUGCUCUUGUGAGAUCUGAAGCUAAAAGAAACUUUGAGGAGGCACAAAAAUCUCACCAGGAGGAGGUGGAAAAAAUGGCUUCCCAAAUAGGAGACCUGAAACUAGAAAUCGAAAAGAACCAGACUGAAAAUAAAGAACUUAAAAAAAGUCAUGAUAAAAUAACUGCUGGCUUGGAUACCCAGCACCAAGCACUGGUUGCCACACUAACGCAAAAUCUAGAAGAAAAAGAAGAUCUGUGGAAAACCGGCCAAGCCACAAUAAGUGAUAUGAAGGUACAAAUGGAGGAUCUAAAACAACAAUCAGAACAAAUCAAGUCUUUAACCUGUGUGUUAGAGUCUACAAGAAAUGAAUUUGAACUAAUAUCUGAAGAAAUGAGGGUUUUGAAAUUGGAAAGAGACAAACUGGCCCAAGAGGCCAGUACUUUAAAGGAAGGGGAGGAGUCUUUGAAUUUAAAACUUUCAGAGUAUGAAUCCAGUAUCAAGACAAUGCAGCAAGAACAAAAACAGUUAUUGUCAAUAAAUGAUGAUCUUAAACUUGGUAAUGACAGUUUACUCAUAAAAAUAAAAGAGCUUGAAAACAAGAACCAUGCUCUUAAUGAUGGAAAUGAAGCUUUAGUUUCUGAUAAAGAAAAAAUGCUGUCUGAACUGGAUAAUGCAAAGCAAGAACUUUUGAAGAUUACUAUGGACAAUGAAGACUUGCAGGCUGCUUUGGAAAAAAUGGAUGCCGAUCUAAAAGAGCUUCAAAAAAGCAAGGAUAUGUUGGUUGCACAAUGUGAGGAUCUUCAGUACCAAAACCAAGAAUUGCAAAAUUAUCAGAAAAAUCUGACUGAAGAAAAAAUAACUCUUGAGAGAGAAAAAGAUGAAAUCAUUGAAAUGCUUAAAAACACAGCAGAAGAAAUGUUGAACAAGCAAAAACAUUUGACAGAAGAGAUCAGUGGCUUGAAAAUGGAAAAAGAAUCUGUAGUAGAAAAACAUUUGGAACUUGAAAGCAACUUAAGUGCUUUAAUAAGUGAGCGAGACAACCUAUUAAAAGCCACAACUGAAAUUAAGACUGAAAGAGAAGGUCUAAUGCUAAAGCAAAAUGAGUUGAAUACACUAAUUGAAAAUCUGCAUCAAGAAAAAGAGAGGUUAGCAUUGGAACGGAACGCUAAAGAAGAAGAGCUUAUUGCAGUUAUAUCACAGCUUAACCAAUUACUGCAAGAAAAUGCAACUCUCUUAAACAGUAAAGAUGCCUUGACUUUAAUGUGUGCAACAGUUGAAAAAGAAAAGCAAGAGUUGAAAGAGUAUCAACAUCAGCUUAUAGAUGAGAACAAUUUAAUUAACAAGGAAAAAGAUGACAUCAUAAAAGUGCUUAAGCAGGCUCAAGAGGAAAUUUCAACUGAACAUAAAAACCUUGUUAAUGAAUUAGCUGGACUAAGAAGUGAAAAGGAGAUUAUAAUAGAAAAACUUGUACAACAUGAAAAUAGGGUUUCUGUUUUAGUUAAGGAACAAGAUGAAUUGAUAAAGACAACCAAAGAACUAACCUCUCAAAGGGAUAAACUUUUGUUGAGCGAAAAAGAAUCAAAUGUAAGAUUAAGUGAUAUACUUAAAGAAAAAGAGCAGACGGCGCUUGAGUUUAGUGAAUUAACAGCAGAACUGUCCUCUUUUAAAAAACAACUUGAGAAGUCAACAAAAGAUAAUGAAGAACUUCGAACCACAAAGGAAACACUAUCAAACUUGCUUGAAGAAAUCAAGACAAGUAGAAGUGUUACUGACUCUGAACGUGUCAGUUUGUUACAAGAAAAAGAAGAAAUUAGUGCAUCCCUAAGAAAAGUAUUUGCUGAGAAAGAUGAUCUUCUCAAACAAAUUGAAGAAAUUACAGCCACUUCAAAAGUGUCAUUAGAACAGGCCAUGUUAUCUCAAAAUGAAAUGAAGGAAGAGAUAAAUAAUCUGAAAAAUGAUAAAAUAUUAAUAUCUACAGAAAUGGUAGAGUUAGAAAAUAAAUUUAAAUCCGUUUCUGAAGAGAGAUCUGCAUUCAUAGAGAGUAACACUGAACUUGUAUCCAAAGAACAAUCACUUAUUAAGGACCUUACAGAAUUUAAGGAUAAAUAUGAAAUUUUGAAUUCAUCAAACUCAUUGUUGGAUCAGGAAAAGAAAAGUCUCAUAAAGGAACUCGAAGCUCUAAAUGUCAGAAUGAAUGAAACAACAAAAUGUGUUGAUGAACUGACAAAAAUUAAAGAAAAUAUUUCAGUGUCACUGGAACAAGCUCUUAAAGACAAAUCUGAUUUGGAAAAGGAGAUCACCAGUAUAUUGCUAGAAAAGAAUUCUUUGAUGGAGGGUUAUAAUAAGUGUUGUUUAGAGAAGGAGCUGAUGUUGAAAGAUAGAGAUGACUUGCAAGUCAAAUUUCAGAGUUUUGAGCAAAGGUUAAUAGAAGAAAGAGAGACAUAUACAAAUGAGAAGGAAUCACUUCUUUUGAAAAACGAAGAUCUUCAAAAAAUCCUAGACACAGUAACCGAAGAAAAGGAGCAGGCAUUGUUAAAACAUAAAGAGUUUCUCUCUGAGCAGCAUAAACUUGUAGAGCAGAAGCAGGAUAUUGAAAAUAGUUUGCACACACUUAGCAGAGAAAAUGAAAGUUUACAUGCUAAGAAUCAAUGUCAUUUAACAAACAUUGAAGAACUUCAAAGUCAUAUUGAAUCAUUAACUAAAUCAAAAUUAGAUCUCCAGGACUCCUAUAACUGUAUUUCAAAGACGUUGGAAGAUCUCCGUUGUGUCCAUGAAGAUAAAAAAGCAGAACUGGAGGGCUUGGUUCAUGAAAAGUCUGAAUUACUAUUAGCUCAAGAAAAUCUAAUGGCAUCAAAUGGCACUAUUUUAAAAGAAAAGGAAAUACUCACCAAGAAUUAUGAAAAAUUGUCUGAAGAAUUGGUUUUAUCAAUGAGAAAGUUUGAAGAAGUCACAGCACAGUCUCAGCAGCUCAGUAACCAGUGCCAGGCUUUGCUUUAUGAAAAGGAAGAACUGUUAGAGAAAUACAAUACACUCGAGACUCUUCACAGCAACACUGAAGCAAAAAAAGAUGAGGUGAGUCAGAUGGCAAAAGAAACUUCUCAAAUAGUUGAAAAGGUUACUGCAGAAAAAUACAAACUUGUGAAAGAAAAGGAGGAAGCUGUUCAUGAAAUUGAAGCACUGAAGACGCUCAAUCAGAAAUUGCAAAAAGAACUGAAGGAUCUAUCACAAGAACGUAAUACAGUUAGUGAAGAGAACACUCGGAAUGCUGAACUUGUAAAGUCAGGAUGCCUGCAAACAGAAACACUCAUGAAGGAAAUGGAAGGACUGAGGCUGUUGGCUGAGCAGAAGUCCCAGCAGUUAGCAGCUCUACAAGAGGAAAACCUCAAACUUGCGGAGGAGCUUGGAAAGAGCAAGGAGGAGGUCACGACAAACCAGAAGCUUGAAGAGGAAAGAUCAGUAUUGAAUAAUCAACUGCUAGAGAUGAAAAAGAGCCUGCCCAGUAACACUUUAAGAGAAUCUUUAAAAACUAAAGAGUUUGACGAAGAGAAGGCUUCACUACAAAAAUCUCUCAACGUUACAAGUGCCUUGAUCACUGAGAAGGACAAAGAGCUUGAAAGACUAAGAAAUGAGGUUGCAGAACUGCGGGAAAAGAACGAGUCUGCAAGAUCUCUGCAAUCUGCAGUGAGAUCCCUGGAAUCUGAAAAAAUAAAUCUGGAGAGAAGGGUGAAAAACUUGGAAAAGGAACUUAAUGACAACAAGAGGCAGUUGAACAAUGCCUCAAACUCAUCAGGUGAUUCUUCCUUCAACAGCCAGUUCCAAGAAGAGAAAACAUCCCUGGAAAGCCAGAUUGAUUUCCUCAACUCUGUAAUAGUAGACCUUCAAAGAAAAAACGAUGAGUUAAAGCUGAAAAUUGAAAAGAUGAUUGAAGCAUCGCUCAAUGGCAAUAAUGAAGAGGAAAUGGAUAAUCAUGACAACUUAAAUGGCACCCAGGGCAAAAAGAAAGUGCCCCCUCGACUUUUCUGUGACAUCUGUGAUUGUUUUGAUCUACAUGACACAGAGGACUGUCCCACACAGACUCAGCUUCCUGACUCGCCUCCUCACUCCAACUUCCACGGGAGCAGAAACGAGGAACGUCCCUAUUGUGACAUAUGUGAGGUUUUCGGACACUGGACAAAUAGCUGCAAUGACGAUGAGACCUUUUAAAAGGGCAUUGCUUAAUAACAGUAUAAUUACCUGCAUAAGGAUUUACAGACCUCACCAGCAUUUGUGUGCACAGGCUUCAACAAAACUAGCUAUUUAUAGGGGGAAAAUGUUCCAUUUAUAAUAAACAUUUUAUUUCCCUGGUUUGGCUUUGCAAGAGAAAGCAUUUAAUCCGCCUUCAUAUGUUUAUCCAUUAAUUCAGUAUACCACUUAAGGGCUUGCUAAGUUAUUAGCGCUUCAUCUAUGAAACCUCAUUUGUUUUUAAACUCAACAGAUAUUACAUGCAUAUUAAUCUUGUGUUUUACAUUUGCACUAUUUAAAGAUGAACAUUAAAAUGCCUUUGACUUUUGACACUGGAUGUAAUCAAAAGGACAUAUCACUCAUAGUUUUCUUUACUGCCAUCUUUUUUCCAUUUUCCCAUUGUUUUCUGCAUGAAAUGGAUGAGGUGUGAUCAUGACCACGGUACUUAGACUGUAUUUGCUGUGUGCUUGAAGUUUCAAAGCGCCUAAAUGUAUUUUGUUUAGCUAUACCCAAGUUAAAGCUGCUGAAAAAGUGUACACAAAUGGGAAUACUUGAUAAUUAUCCCUGGUAUUAUGUAUGAGAUACUCAGUGAAGGUAGAAAUGCCAGGGUUUGCAAGCCUGAGUAUAACUUAGGGAUAAUACAUCAGAUAAAUAUCAUCCAAUACUUCCCUAACAGUAAUUCUUUGUACUAAAUCAUAGGUCCCUCUUGUUAAGGAAUGGCUGAAUGUUACCAUAUCAUUACAUUAAUCAACAGUUCCUCAAAUAGCUGUAAAACAGAACACAGGUCUGUAUGUAUAAUGUCUAUACUUUAUCCAGUUAUCCUUCCAGUAUUAACCAGUAAGUUACUAAAGCUUUCUGAGCUUGUGUUCCAUUGAGGCACAUUACCUGUUUGUGGGAUAUAGUUGUAUCUAGGGAUGCACCGAAUCUUUGCAAAAGUUGUGGCCAAAUAUCAAACUGAAACCGAAUCUUAAUUUGCAUAUGCAAAUGAUGGAUGGUAAGGGGAAAGCAUUUUUUACUUCCUUGUUUUGUGACAAAAAGUCAUGCAAUCCCCCCUUAUUUGCAUAUGCAAAUUCGGAUUUGUCAGAAGGAUUUGGCCGAAUCCAAAUCCUGCUGAAACAGGCCAAAUCCCCAACCGAAACCUGGAUUGGGUGCAUCCCUAGUUGUACCAUAUCCUGCCUGUGUGCUCUCUUGCUGACUUUUAUGGACAGCCUUAGCUUUAAGAUGCUAUUAAAGAUCAAUCAGCAGAUAUCAGCACUGGAUUGUAUUUCCUUGCAUGUACAGCAAAUUCAGAAUCUAAUCUAACAACAUUUUCAUCCCAAUUAUGAUUUCUUAAACCAUUAUACUAGGGCCUCUCCAUCUGUAGCAUCUUAUUGUUAUGACUAUAUGCUUUGUCAGUAGCACAUUGAUUACCACUCUUCCAGGUCUAAUUCUCUAACAGGGUAUAGCAGUUUGCUUCUCUAGUCAUUUGGAAACCACUAAUAUGUGGUUGUUUAGUGCCUCAGAUACAAGCCUGUCUAAAGAACAAAAGAAAAAAAAAGCAUACUACGCAGAUGAUUUUGGAACUGGAGUUCAUAUCCUUCAGACUGUCUAUAUUUACUACUCAAUAUAUUAUUUUGUCCUUAUUAAUUUACCUCUGCCCUGACCACCUUUGUAACAAGAUGGAGAAAUCAAUAUUUAUUAAUAUUGCUGGUGUACUGAACGCCUUUUGCUAUUACUGUACAAAAUCUGUUUAUAGAGUGAGUUGAUAGGUUUAAUAUAAAUGAGCUAAAUAAUCAAGUUGGAAUAUGUAUAUGAAUUGCUGGUUCCAUAAUGUAUAGUAGGUGUAAGAAUGAAUGAAUGUAAAUAUACAUAUUCUCCCUAAAUAAAGUUUAAAAAAAAAUUUAAAGAUCGAUUAAGAACACAAGAAUCUCUCUGUCAACAUACUGUAUUGAUUUCCAGUACAUAUUUAUUGUUUAUGUAAUAUGUAUGUUCUUAAGUGGAUUUUUCUUAUAUUGAGAAUUCUGUACCUGGCUUUCCAUGGAUGAAUUUGUAAUUGGCUAUAAAAAGUUGUAUUAACUUAAUAAAUAAAUUUGCUGAUA